UUUAAAUUUAAUGGAGGCACGAGAUUAAAUAUGACUUGUGUGCACCGGCCUCAGCGCCUCAGUUUUCUUCUGGGUAUCCACCGUGCCCCUUUGCUAGGUCAAGUCCUCGUCUGUACGCAAUAUUCAUUGCUUUAUGCCUUUAGACUGUUCAUCCGCAAUGUUCAGUUUUUCUUAGUUGUCUGGUAUGCAAUUGUGUCCAUGUUUCUGAUACUCUGCUGCUUGAUCGUUCUGGUUAGGGUGGUUGGUUCAUGUUGAAUAUUCGGUCUUGCAUUGGAUAAGGCAGUUAGCCUUGGUUACCCUUUGCAAGUUGGAUCCCGGAUGUUUACGGUGUCUUUCAUUUUUCGGCUCAUGCCUUGUUUCUUGUAACUUCACUUCUUCUCUUUUGUUGGCGCUUCUUGCUGCUACUCUCUGUCUGUCUUCAUCGUUACCCUCCACCUGCCCCAUCGCCUCCUUUUUUUUGGGGGGGGGUUUUUGUAUCUACCGGCUCGCUUCAAAUCAAGAGGCUUCGACAUCUUGUCGGGGCCAUUGCCAUGCUAUAUGCCUUCGCCCAUGCACAAG